AUGGCAGCCCAUGGCCAAGACUAUGAUAUUCCGAAGCGGCAUCACUGUCCACACAUGCCAACAGGAUUCUAUGACAAGACUCUGCAGCCUUGUCUGCUGACUGAAUACCAUGAAAAAUACCCUUCAUAUGGAGAUAUCAAACCCCGGGAAAACUUUAAACCAAAACCUGAAAUUCUGUCUAAACGUGGCAAAAUGGAAGGAACCUCAACAUUUAGAACAGAUUAUAUACCUUAUGAAAUAACACAUCGACCAGAGCCUUUUCAACAUGAGUACAGACCAAAAUCUGGUGAGAUGGAUCAUCAUACAACCUAUAAGACAGACUUCAGCCCUCACAAAAUUAAGCCUGUAGCAAGUAUGCGUCCUCCACCAACAAAGCCUGGGAAAGGAGCGAAAGUAGUCACUGUACCAACGUACAAAGAUGAUUACCGACUAUGGGACAUUCCCAAAAGAAAACCGAAAGUUCCAGAAGUUUACUGCCCUCCUAAAACACGGUUUGGAAAUCCAUCUACAUUUCAAGAUGACUUUGGUCCCAAGAGAUAUGCACUAAGGGAGAGUUUCAAACCACCCGAUGUACAAAGGGUAUCUGAUGUCCCCUUUGAUGGUCUAACAAAUCACAAAAUUGCUUAUGUUCCUCAUCCGCUGGGGGAACGGUAUGUUAGACCACCAGAUGAAUACAAACCAAGUGAUAAACCUUUUGACAGUAUCACCACUCACCGGCAUGAUUACAGAGGGCUUCAUGGAGAUCCUACUAAAAGCUUCAAACCAGAUCCUGGCAAGAUAGGAUCAGACGCGCCCUUUGAUGGCAGCUCAGAAUUCCGUGAUCGUUUUCAGGCAUGGCCUGUAACCUUGCCGUAUGUCCACAAGCAUCCAGAUUAUGUGCAACCAGAUGGGCCUAUGGAUUUCAAUAGCACUUCCCAUCUUGAUUAUGUUGGGCAUAAUGUCAAGCCACCUGCUUCAUUUAAGCCUCCAAGUACAAGAAAGGUCCCUGCCCCCUUCCAAAGCAGUACUACAAUGAAAGAUGACUUUAAGCCAUGGGAAAUAAAGAAGCCAGAGAUAAUCAGAAGAGUUGAAGAAUUGGGAAUACCAGAUGCAAAAUUUGAUGGUUUAACAACCUUUAAAGCCAAUUAUGUUCCUCAUCCAAUUAAGCUAACUCAGAGCUUCAAACCAUCAGAUAUUCCUCUACAUAGUUCAAUACCAUUUGAUGCUGGAACCUUGUAUCGUACUGAAUAUACACCAAAGAGGCUGGAAAUCUGUCCUGCAAGCUAUCCUACACCACCAGGCUAUGUCUAUGAAAGCACUGAUUCACGCGGUCAUAAAUUCUUCCACAAGAUAACCCCGUCAGAGGACAAGCUGGCAGUGUCGAAUGAAAUGCACCUUCCAAAAGAAGUAGCGGUAGCAUCCUAG